CCCAGUAGGCCCCCUCUGAGGGCAACAACCCCAGCAGCAGCCUCUUCUCUUCUCCCCUCCCCUCCUGGGCCAGGUAGACUCUGAGAUACUUCCUUCUCUCUCUUCUUGUAGCCCAUCCUGGGAGGAGCUGUGACCAAGAGGACGGUGACACAUCCUCCUCGCACCUUUCCCCAGAGACAGCUGGGAGGCACUUCUUGCUUCUUGUCAGGAUGAAGUGGCAUCUCCAGAGAAGGAGUGGACUGAACCUGGGUGGCUUCUGCUGCUGCUGCUGCUCCUAAAUGGGCCUGCUGCUGUUGCCACCCCUGCUGCCCGUGAAGCCUGUGUCUCACCCGGAUCACCACCCAUGGCGUGGCAGAGCCGAGGUCCGUAGCUGAAGUUGGGCUGGGCAAAGCCCCGCAGGCACUGCCACCUCGUCCACCUCACACUUCCCACUCCUUUGGGUCACCAUGGGGUGGAGGCAGCUCCUGCUGCUCCUGCCACUGGCCUUGUAUGCCCUGGCACUGCUGUUGACCACUCAGGCAGCUGGGCCCCCACGGACACCCAAGGGCAACCGGACCCAGGGGGCGGCUGCACCCCGGCGACCCUACAAGCCAGUCAAGGAGCAGCUGAACCAGACGCUAGCCAGCACAGCACCUUCUUCUGCCCUCGCAGGUGGCGGUGGCGGCAGCCGUGGCCGCGGUCCUGCUGGAGGUCCGGCGAGGGCAUCCUCCAGUGGCAGUGCAGGCAGCUCUGUCCCAGCUUAUGAGACCUGCCAGGGCUACUACGAUGUGAGCGGGCAGUGGGACAAGGAGUUUGAGUGCAACAACAGCCAGAAGGAUUUCCGCUACUGCUGUGGCACCUGCUACUACCGCUUUUGCUGCAACAAACGCUCUGAGAAACUCAACCAGGACAGGUGCCGUAACCAGGGCCCACGCCCCAGCACUGACCCUAUGACCCCUGCCACCAGUAAUAAUGGGCAAGGGGAUAUACCCAAUGGGUAUGACCCAAACGAGGACAACACAAAUGCUACCGUCUACAUUUCGUGUGGGGCCAUUGCCUUUGUUGUCAUUGUGGGCAUUUUUGCCAAGGUGGCCUAUGACAAAGCCCGACAACCACCGCAGGAGAUGAACAUCCACAGGGCUCUUGCUGAUAUCCUCCGACAGCAGGGACCAAUCCCCAUAGCACACUGUGAAAGAGAGACUAUCUCAGCUAUCGAUACCUCCCCCAAAGACAACACACCAAUACGAACGUCCUCAAAAAACCACUACACACCAGUGCGCGCCUCCAAGAGCAACCCAGGUCACUAUGGAAAGGAUAUUUAUCGAAGUGGAGGUCCGGAUUUCCAUAAUUUCAUCUCCUCUGGGUUUGUCACGUUAGGAAGAGGACACAGCAAGGAUGACCAAGAACAAAAUUAUAACCACCUGAUACUAUGCACUGCAAACCAGACACCUUCACAUGAAAAGCCCCGAAUGAACAGUAUUCUCACCUCUGCCACCGAGCCCUAUGAUCUGUCCUUCUCCAGGUCCUUCCAGAAUCUCUCUCACCUCCCACCAUCCUAUGAAUCUGCAGUCAAGACUAAUCCAAGUAAAUAUUCUUCCCUGAAGAGAUUAACUGACAAGGAAGCUGAGGAAUAUUAUUCAAGAAAGAGGCACCUUCCAGACCUAGCUGCAAGAGGGACCCUCCCUCUCAAUGUCAUCCAGCUAUCCCAGAAACAGACCACCCCAAGGGAACGGCCACGCCGGGUAAUGCGGGCCAUGUCCCAGGACCGAGUGCUGUCCCCAGAGAGGAUCAUGCCAGAGGAAUUCAGCAUGUCUUAUGAGCGAAUUCUCUCGGAUGAGCAGCUGUUGUCCACUGAACGCCUGCACUCACAAGACCCUCUGCUCUCUCCAGAACACUCAGGCUUCGGGGAACAGUCUAUGUCACGGGCUUUGUCACACUCAGAUGUCUUUGUUUCAACACCUGUCUUGGAUCGCUACCGGAUGACAAAGAUGCACUCCCAUCCCAGUGCCUCAAAUAACUUAUACAACACCUUGAGUAUGAACCAAACAGCCAACAAGCGCCAAGCGUUUGCCUCCCGGCGGCACAACACAGUGGAGCAGCUACACUAUAUCCCAGGACACCAUUCCCAUUAUCGCACAGCCAGCAAAACAGAGGUGACUGUUUGAUCAGAGACACUGUGCAUUGUAGAUAAUAAUCCAUAUAUAUAUGGACUGGGUUGGCUUCAGUGCCCUACACUGCAGUGGCCUUACGGCCAAGAUAACCUCUAAUUCUAUGUCUGAAAAGACAAGACUCUUCCGACAGUCCUGUCUGUGUCAUUUUGAAAAUUCAUCUACAUGUUAUUGACAUAGAGAGGAAAAACAGAAUAGGGAGAGGUGGUACAAGUAUGGUUCCCGGUCAUGCUCAGUUUCUGUCAAAGAAAGCCAUACUGGAUUAUGGCUCUUUUCAAGGGCUCAUCGGCUCCUACUCUCUAGCUAGUUUGCCAAGCUAGGACCUAAUGCCCAUCAUAAUAAACCAAGAAGAGUCUCACACCAAAUUGGCAUUAAAUGACAAAGUUGGCAGGCCUUCUAGUUUGGCAUGUUGUGGGCCCAUGCUUUGCCAAGUGUUGAAUGAGUGCACUUUCUGCUAAGGUCCCACCCAUACAUUAGAAGGUGUUAACCUAUUUCCACUUCAGCAUACGUCUCCCUGUUCCUUGGAGAAAUGUCAGUGACAGAUACUAUUAUGGAGAUAACAGACUGAGGAGCAAUGAUUGCUACAGCUGGGAAGCCACCCUAUUUUACAUUAAUCCAGUGCCUAUAGACUGCCAGCUUUCCAGAUGGAAGAAGGAGUGAGAUGGAUUUGUUUAUAAGCACAAUUCUGCUGAUUAAUGUUUGCCAACCCCCAACUUCUUCCAUCUUUCCUCAUACUGUAUAUGUAACUCUCCAACAUGUAAAUAGGUUUUUAAAAGGAAACAGGGCAAAAUUGCUUCUCUCCAGAAGCUCCAACUUUUCACCCAUUUUACACAACACAGCAGCACACACCAUUUGACUAUUUGGGAUGUUACUGCACCUGAAAUAGACACAAUAAACCACCUCAAGAGGUGUAAGUUGGCUAUAGUUCAAUUGUCAUUCCAUGAACAGUUGUUCCUGGCUCAGUCUAAGCUUGGUUUCCUGCCAGUCUGCAACUCUUUUCCAAAUACCCAUAGGAGGCCCUCACAAAGAGGGUCUUCAUAAAGGUUUUCCUUCCUUCAUCUAUCUAGACUGAGAAUAUUUUUGGACUGCAAGUCUUGCUGCCUUAUAAUCCCCUUCAGCAAGUGAAAUGCUUGUGCAGCAGCUCACAUACAAAUUGGGCACAUUGUACAGCCACUGUACAGUAAUAAUUAGACACUGAGUGUCUGUAAAGUCUUUCAAAGAAAUGUUUGUAGGUCCAACAUUUGUUGGAUUUUGUAUAGUUGGCACAGAUGUGAAUUUUAAUUGUUAUAAAUCAUAACACCCUGUUUUCCUGCCUGGCCUGGACCUCUGGUCCAACAGGUAAAUGAAAUAGAUGGCUAAGGCUGUGUGAUUCUGUGAAAAGUUGGCUCAUUCUAAUAACUACUUGCAUUUCCAUGUUGCAAGUGCAUGUGCCACUUCUGAAGUUCUUGUGUUGAACAGGUUCCCACAGAGCCCAACAGUCUACACACAUAAAUUGACCAGAAGUUCCUGACAUUCAUGGCCUUUUCAAGGCAAUACAUGGAAUCCCAUUUCAUCAAACUUCUCUUCCAGUAGCUUUGCACUUGAGACUUAUUUUCUCUCUGCAUUUUUCAGAGUGAAACUUGUAUAAAAAAGUGAUCCCUUUCCCUUUUCUAAUAUGAUUUUGUUUAUAGCACCAGGAAAAAGCAGCCAUGGGUUUUUUGUUUUUUGUUAGCAUGUUCUGUUUGUAGACUACAAGUUAGAGCCAUAAGAAAACUGUGCUUUGUUUAACAGAAACUGGGCCAGGAGGGAUGGCCAUAAAAUAUCCAGCUGUUGCUCAUGUCCUGUUCUCGAGCAACAUAUGAGAGCUUGGAGGUUGCUGAUGCUCUGGCUAACUGUAAUGUGCCUAAAUCAGGCCACAGCAGGCUAUAAUAGAGGCAUUUUCUCUGAGCACACAGUAACGUGUCCCAUUUCUAUCUUCACUGUUGCUAUCUUCAAACAUCUCUGGUGCCCCACAGUAGGGGCCAUUAAAAAGUUGAUGGCCUACAAAAGCAGUAUAGUUCUGGUACCUGCUCAAAAGCAUAAGACUCCUGAGAAUAUGAAAUCUAUACACCAUUGAUUUUCCAUUAUGUAAACUAAGAAAGUGUUGGCAAUAGGGAUGAAAUAGAUGCCAAAGAAAAGGGUGUAGAGCUAUUGGCCCACAGGAGCAGUCUACAAUGGAUUCUUGCAUAUGUGUGUUGUGAGAGGCUAUGAUGUUUACCUCUGUUGGCUACAAAAUAAAUCAACGAUAUACAACAAAGCUAGCUGAGCUUCUCAGUUCCAGUGAGAAAUGUACAGAUUCCCCCCACCCCCAAUGUUUUAUGGACCAUUUCCCAGCCAUCUUCUGCUUUGCUGUACCAAUAGAGUCAUCUGCAAAGCAGUCUUGGCAUACCCUCUUUCUUCCUGUCAGUUGGGCCUUCAUUAUAGAUGACACAAGCACUGUGGCUGCUGCCAAAAACAGCUGCUGUGUGUGGCCGCUGAGCCACUCCAUUGCAGUCAUGUUAUGGGAAAUGCAUGUCAUCUGCCCUACAGAGGUAGUAUUUGAUGGCAACCAUGCUCUUUGCAUGACAUACAAAGUAGGCCUUAGUCUCUCACCAGCUGAAAUGUCCCACAUGAAUCACCAGCACAGCCUUCUGUACAAACCCUCUGAAGAAUGAUGAUAAUGUAGAGCUAUCCUGUUAUCCUAAAUAUGAGGAUGCCCCAUCUGCCUGGGAUUUGGUGCAAUGGUUUCAAGCAAGAGUUGUCCAAAAAGUCAUUGCAAUUCUGGACUGCAGCAACAGAAGCAUAGUGUCCAUAUUCCAUAUCAAGGGAUGUAAUAGUACCACUCUAUUCAACUUUGGUCAGACCUCACCUGGAGAUAUGUGUCCAGUUAUGGGCAUCACAGUUCAAAAAGGAUUGAUAAGGAUUGAUAUUGAUAAGCUAGAACAUCUUUAGAGGUGGGGGUACAAGAUGCUAAGGGGUCUGGAAACUCCUAUGAGGAACAGCUUAGUGAACUGGGAAUGUUUAGCUUAGAGAAUAGAAAACUGAAAUGUGAUAAGGUAGCUAUUUAUAAAUAUAUUUGAAUAUUUGAAGGGAUGCCAUGUUGAAGAUGGAGCAAGCUUACUUUCAGUUGCUUUAGAGACUAACUUCAACUUGCAAGAAAGGAGAGCUGACUAAACAUUAGGAAGAACUUCCUGACAAUAAGAGCUGUUGCAUGGUGGUAUAGACUGCUUCGAAACGUGGUGGAUUAUCCUUCUCUGGAGGUCGUUAAACAGAGUUUUGUUGGCUAUCUCUCAGAAGUACUUUAACAAUGUGUCUUGCAUGGCAGAGGUUGGACUUGGUAGCCAUUGUGCUCCCUUCCAACCUAUGAUUCAUGAAGUGUGCAGAUAGUUGCUGCAGGUGGGCAGCUGAAGUCAGUAGAGAUGUCUCAAUAGUAACCUUCCCUUUAGAUCUGUUCUCAGAAGCUGGGUGUCUCAACUAGAGUCCAAAGCUGAAAUUCAAUUCCAUCUUGAUGGAUUGCUUCCUAAUUAAUAUAUUUCUGGUCCAUUAGCCCAGUGGAAGUAAUGAUUCUUCUUCCAUACUAUGGAAGACAGGGGAGGUAAUGUACCACCCCUAAUGAUAAGUGUAGAUACCCAAAACACACACACACAUACACAGAGAGAGAGAGUUUAUGUUUAAAAAGAUUUCAGCUAUUCAGUGUGCAAGGCAGCUCAGAAUACAGAUACAUGCAUACACACACAUAUAUACACUAACUAAAGAGUCCAAAAUAAUCUAAGCAAUAGCAUAUGAUCCAGAAACAAUGCCAUUAAGAACAGACAGAGAUUUAAAAAAAAGAGGGGGAAAAGAACAGAUAGAGAUGACCGAUAAAGCAGAAUAAUCAGCUACCCAAAUUAAAUGGCUGGGUAUCCCUUUAACAUAGUGUAAAUAUGCACCCAUGGACCUGCACUGCACUGAGCCACAUGCCCUCCCUCAACUUACUGUAAAGCCCCCAAAGUCACUUCACACUGCUGUUCCAUGCUUCACAGAAAGCAGUGAGGAUCACAGAAGCAUUUGGCUGUAUUAUCAUAUAAGACAAUUACAACAGCACUGAGACUGCUGGAGGAGCACUGAGACUGCUUCUCCAGCCAUUAUCUGGGCCAACUGCAGGACAGCUAGGUUCUGGCUUAAGAACUGGUAUCUCAAAGCUUUUAGCUUGGGGGGGAGAUUUCCACACACACAUAUCUCUUCCAAUGAGUUUAACUGGAUUGUGCCACACUCAUAGCCAAAAGGUUUUUUUAAUGUCCUCCUUGCAGUCAGUGAACACAGAACACUGAACACAGUGCCAUCUCUUCAUCUCUCAUUACAGAGAUCAGCAGAAAAAUAUGCCCACUUUCUGAUCAGGAGAGCCAGGAUGGCUCGGUGACUUAUUAGACAGACCGAUUUCUUUUUUAACCAGCAGAUUGCCAGCAUUCAACUAGAUAUAAUUCAGCACUGGAGUGGGUGGUUUCAAUGCUGGGAGAGAACAGGAAUGGGGGAGGGAGUCAUGUGACUGCUGUUUGGGUCUGCAGAAAGGAAGGUUUGUACAGUACUACUGUAGGAAACUCUGGACUGUGUGAUCUUGUGAGACUGCAGCUUUCUUAAUCUGCGGCCACGUGCCUGUGGUUAAUAGGAAGUGGAGGCCAUCGACAUAUGGAGGGCCACAGUUCCCCCACCUCCAUAACUAUAGUUACCUUUCUGGCUGAAUAGGCAGAGCAGUUUUAACUGAAAAAUGAGUUUGCCCAUGUGUGGCUGUAGCAAAAAAGUCAAAACCAUUUCUGGCCACCUGCACAACUCUUCUUCACACAACCAAUCACUCAGACGUUUUUUGAGUUGUUUUUUGCAAGUUUGAUGAGAAAUGUACAUUUGACAGGGAGCUAUAGACAAUUCUAGCUCCUAGACUGAGGGGACAUGUCUCUGGAUACAAUACGUACUUGUUGCACUCAUAUUUUACAUUUGAAGGGAUUUGAGAGCAAGGAUAAUCACCCAGCUGCUUUUCUUGUAAGUUGAUGUUGUGUGCCUUCAAGUCAUUUCUGACUAAUGGCGAUCCUAAGGUAGAACUAUCACAGGGUUUUCU